GGAAGUGUCUCCAAAGAUGGAAAUUCUUGCUCUUAACUGGACGGGAGAUUCUGCAGAAACACAGUACUGUUUUCCACACCUGAAAGGAUCCUGCCUACGAAGUCAAACACCGAUCAUUAUCAAAGUAGUCAUGUACAUGUUAAUGGCUGUCACCAUUCUUUUGACUGUCUGUGGGAACCUGCUGGUCAUCAUCGCCAUCUCUCAUUUCAGACAGCUCCAUUCUCCAACAAACCUCCUCAUCCUCUCUUUAGCAUGCAUAGACUGGUUCUUGGGGGCUUUCAUUAUGCCGUAUAGCAUGAUCAGGUCUGUGGAAAACUGCUGGUAUUUUGGAGAAACAUUUUGUAAGAUACACUCCAGCCUUGACAUCAUGAUGACCGUUGCAUCCCUCUUGCACCUGGGUCUCAUUUCUGUUGACAGAUAUUUGUCCAUCUGCAAACCUCUUCAAUAUAGCACCUCAGUAACCACGCGCAACGUAGCAGCCCUUGUUGUAAUCACCUGGAUGUUUUCCUUUGCAUUUGGGUUUGGGGUGAUUCACUCUAACAUUAAUCGAGUCGGUAUGGAGAAGUUGUUAAUGAAUAAUUCUUGCACAGGCAACUGUACUUUCUUUUUUAAUAAAGAAGGGGGAAUGAUGGCUAUUAUUCUGGGCUUCUUCAUUCCAGGCACAGUGAUGACAGCCCUCUAUAUGAAGAUUUUCUGUGUUGCAAAAGAACAAGCCAGAAAAAUCGACUGCAGCUUGGCAAUGACAAGAGCACGAUGUGAUAAAAAGUGCCCGUCUGAACACAGAGAGAGAAAGGCUGCAAAGACCCUGGCCAUUGCACUGGGGGUCUUUCUGUUGUGCUGGCUGCCAUUGGUCAUGGCACUUAUUACUGAUCCAUUCUUUGAUUUUUCUGCUCCUGUUGUUUUAUUUGAUGCUUUUCUAUGGUUGGGGUACUUUAAUUCUACCUGCAACCCUGUAAUUUAUGGUUUUUUCUUUUCCUGUUUCCAGAAGGUGUUCAAAAUAAUCUUAUCAGGGAAAAUUUUUCAGAAUGGCUCUUCAUUAUUGAAUAUUUACGAAGAAAACUAUUGAUUCUAAAAGGCCCUUAACAGUUUCUCAUAUACA